AAAAUCCCUUAAACCCUACUCUUUGUCUUCACCCUCUCACUGCCUCUCUUUUUCCCACUUGACUACUCACUCUCACUUCUCUAAAACCCUAAUUUCGUCAUUUCCCUUCUCCGAGAUAUCAAGAAAUGGCUUUUUGCAACAAACUUAGUGGUAUUUUGAGACAAGGUGUUUCUCACAGCUCAAAUGUUCCAGUGACAUCUAUGCUUGGUUCUCUCCGUUACAUGUCCACUAAGCUUUUUGUUGGUGGUCUCUCAUGGGGAACUGAUGACGGCUCCUUGAAGCAGGCUUUUUCUAACUUUGGUGAAGUCACAGAAGCUACGGUGAUUUCAGACAGAGAGACAGGGAGGUCGAGGGGUUUUGGAUUUGUCAGCUUCACCAGUGAAGAUUCUGCAAACACUGCCGUAUCAGAAAUGGAUGGAAAGGAGCUGAAUGGCAGGAACAUCCGUGUGAACCUUGCAAACGAAAGACCGAGUGCCCCGAGAUCAUCAUUCGGUGGUGGUGGUGGUUACGGUGGUGGAGGUGGAGGUGGCGGUGGCUACUAAAAGAAACAAGCCAGAAGAUUUGACAGAGAGAGAGAGAGAGAAGGAGCCUCUGAAGUCUGAACUUUUCAGUAGUUAGUUAGUUUGUUU